AUGGACCCACAAGAGGAGGGAGUGUAUCUUGACAAAGGAGACUUAGAUCUCCUGAGCAUCAUUGAACGGACGUGUUCGGUCUUCUCGCUGCUAGGAUGUCUCUUCAUCAUCGUCACGUUUUGCUCAUCCAGAGCUUUUCACAAGCCAAUUAACCGACUCGUCUUUUUUGCAUCUUUUGGUAACAUGAUGACCAAUGUCGGUACUCUUAUGGCAAGGUCAUACAUUGGUUCGCCAUUAUCUCCUGGAUGCCAGCUCCAGGCGUUCCUCAUCCAAAUGUUCAUGCCUGCUGAUGCAUUUUGGACGCUGACAAUGGCGAUCAACGUCUACCUGACAUUUUAUUUCAAGUUCGACGCUGAAAGGCUACGCCGAAUGGAGAUUCCAUAUCUGAUCUGCUGUUACGGCAUCCCAUUUGUUCCUGCCUUGGUUUAUGUCUUUGUUACGAACGGGAAAGGGCAGAGAGUCUACGGCAAUGCAACUCUAUGGUGUUGGGUUACACCAGAGUGGGAGAUUUGGCGGAUUAUCACAUUUUACGGACCUGUUUGGGUCACCAUAUUGGUAACCUUCUUCAUCUACAUUCGCGCUGGUGGUGAGAUCUACCAGAAACGCAAGCAACUCCGCAACUUUAGCUCCUCCGACCCAGACCCCCUCAGCUCGUUCCGCGAUGCCCUCACUUCGACCAAGACUACAGAAGUAUAUGUUACCACCGAAACAAUCGACCAACCCAGCGGCUCCAUCGGAUUGGGUUCGAUGGCGAGGCGUGGAUCAGAAGCCGGACCUGGACCCCGAAUGCCUAAUGCUGCGUACUCUGUCAGUAUCUCCGCGAACCGUCAUGCUCGCAGCGCAUCACAGGAUGAUGCGGUCCUCCCCGCCGAAACCGUAACGAUCGAGCCCGCCUCCACCCAACGUCCGAUGAAUGCAGCACGCCGACGCAACUACGAACUUAACAAUGCCGCUUGGUCCUACACCAAAUGUUCGAUUCUCUUCUUCACAGUCAUUCUUAUCACUUGGGUUCCCUCGAGCGCCAAUCGUGUCUACUCGGUCAUUCACUCGAAAGAGUCAUCGACGCCGCUCGCAUACAUGAGCGCUUUUGUCCUUCCUCUGCAAGGGUUCUGGAACGCUCUGAUCUACAUAGUAACAUCCUGGAAGGCUUGCAAGACACUAUGGACCGAUAUUAGAUAUGCGUCUCGACGCCCGGACGUCACAGAACUCGUCGGCAGCUUCCGUCACAGCGACCAGUUUAAGAUACCAAGCCAAGGCCGCAGGAAUAAAACAUACGAGACCGAAAGCAUGACAGAGCUGGCAAACAGCCGACCAAGCUCGAACGAUCAGGAGCAGGAGCAUGAGCGGGAGCAGGCAUCGCGGUCAUGA